AUGGGUGGGCCUACAGAGAGCAAAGACACUCCUGAGUUUUUGACGAGGUUGUUUGCUGACGACGACAUCAUCAAGUUGGGUCCCUUCCAGCCCUGGGUUGCAAAAUUCAUUGUCAAGAGAAGAGCUCCCAAAAUCAUCGAACACUACAAUGAGAUUGGUGGUGGUUCCCCAAUUCUUAAAUGGUCGUCUUACCAGAAUGAGCAGUUAUGCAAAAUACUAGACCAGACAAAUCCUCAGUCUGCUCCUCACAAACCGUAUGUGGCCUUCAGAUAUGCCAAUCCGUUGUUUGAAGAAACCAUUCCACAAAUGAUUAAGGAUGGUGUUAAAAAGGCUGUAGCAUUUUCUCAGUACCCUCAGUUUAGUUACGCCACCACUGGAUCAAGCAUCAAUGAUUUAUAUAGACAAUCCAAAAAAUACGAUCCUUCAGAAUCCAUUUCCUGGUCCAUUAUUGACAGAUGGCCCGACCAUCCUUUGCUAUCAAAGACCUUUGCAAAUCACAUCACUGAUAAGCUAACUGAAUUUGAAAAUGAAGGUGUUGAUACAAAAAACGUUGCAAUUAUCUUUUCUGCCCACUCAUUGCCCCUUUACACUGUAAAUAAAGGCGACUCCUACCCAGCUGAAGUUGCUGCUACUGUUUAUAGUGUUAUGAAACAAUUGAACUUUAGCAACCCAUACAGAUUAACAUGGCAGUCCAAAGUUGGUCCUGUUCCUUGGUUGGCUCCAAAGACUGACAAAAUCGUCAACCAGCUACAUAAGAUUUACGAUGGUGUUAUAAUCGUUCCAAUUGCCUUCACUUCUGACCACAUUGAAACGCUACACGAAUUGGAUAUUGAGUUGAAAGAAGAAUUGAAAUAUCCAGACAAAGUGAAGAGAGCUGAGUCUCUCAAUGGAGACCCUCUAUUCAUUGAGUGUCUUGCUGAUAUAACCAAGACACACUUGGAUGGGUUGAACAACAGCACUGGUUCCAACAACAACCUCAAGAGAUACUCUAACCAGUUAGAAUUGGACUAUCAUUUCUUCCAGUCUGACUCCAAAAACAUUUUCAACCAUGUUUCUGAGCUCUUUAAGCCCUUCAAGUAA